AUGUCCACCAUGGCAAUUCAAUUGCAAAACCACCACACACCAACCUUAGCCCCAAAACACCUCCGGCGGCUGUCCCCCGCCGCCCGCCCCUCCUCCCUUAAAGCGCGCGCCGCGCUUCUGGGUGGAAACGGCCGCGAACUCAUACAAUCCGGUGCGGUCGCGCCCAUAGCACCGAAAGAUGCAGCCUCGGCAUUGGGCCCGGAAGGUUACACGCUACUGGACAUCAGGCCCGAAUGGGAGAGGGAGAAGGCACGUGUUUCGGGGUCUCUGCACGUGCCGCUGUUCGUGGAGGAUACGGACAAUGGCCCGAUCACUCUAAUGAAAAAGUGGGUCCAUUUUGGGUACAUCGGGCUGUGGACGGGCCAGCGUUUUACGGCGGUGAAUCCGGGUUUUGUGGAGCGGGUCGAGGAUUUGGUACCCGACAAAAAUUCCAAAGUCCUCGUCGCUUGUGGAGAGGGAUUAAGGUCUUUGGUGGCUGUGGCAAAAUUGUACAAAGUGGGAUACAAGAAGUUAGGAUGGUUGGCCGGAGGAUUUAAUCGAGCAACCGAAAAUGAUUUUCCGAAAGUCGAAGGUGCCGAGAAAUUGCAAACCCUUUGGGCCUUCCUUCUUCCUCGACCAGUGACUGCAGGCUUGGCAGAUAUGGAGCUGCUUCUACCUAGUCGCUUCCGUGCAGUUUUUAGUUCGUGGGUCUGGUUCUGUUGCGCUCUUGGUCCUGUUCGCGGUUGUCAUUUGUGGGGUAUGGCUUUGUAUUUGUUUGGGUUCUGUUGUGGGUUGCCUUCGGUAGUUGGUAGGCAGUGGUUUAUAGUUAGAUUAUAG